CAUUUCCAGGAUCUCUCCACAUCGCCUUGCCUUUUCUGAAAAUGUGUUACCUGCAAACGGUUCUAGUGAUCCUUGCGGCUUUAAGUUUUCCUGUUAUAAACGGAUACAAAAAUGGAAAGGUGCAGAAAGCUUGUGAAAGCAUGAUGCCAGAACAUCACAGCCAGCCCAACAUUACAGCCAGUCCAUACACACUGACUGUGAAUGCCAGUAAAUUCAGCCCAGGGGACAACAUCAGAGUCACUCUCUCUGGAAGUGAGCCUUUCGAGGGCUUUUUAAUUCAGGCCAGAGACGCCACUAACAUUGAUGGAUCAGCUAUUGGUUCUUUCAAAUUGGUUGAUCUGAAGAUUUCUCAGCGUUUGACAUGCAACAGAAUAGAGGGUUCUGCUGUUAGUCACACAAGUGAUGUCAAAAAGAACAAAAUUGAGGUGAUCUGGAAAGCUCCAUUCAAUUCUCCUCCUGCUGUUCAGUUUCUCGCCACAGUUCUUGCUCACUACAAAGUUUUCUGGCUCAAACUUCGUGGUCCUGUGAUAACUCAUGGUGAUGUGACUCCUCCUCCAUCUCAGUCCACCACAGUCAUGUCUACACACUCUUCCAGCACCUCUAUAAUACCUCAGCCAUUCAGCUCAGAUGGAUGUGGCAGGCAGAAGUCUUGUUUCCUUGACCCUGUUGGCUGUAACCCUUCUGUGGACACAAAUUGCUUCUACCUCGCUUAUUCUACUACGGGGCAGACGGUUUUAUUUGAGCUCAGCGGACCUGCACAGGGAUACGUCUCCUUCGCUCUGUCUAGUGAUAAAUGGAUGGGUAAUGAUGAUGUAUAUUUGUGUGUAUAUGACGAGGGUCGUGUGAGUGUGGAAGCAGCUCACACUACAGGCAGGACAUAUCCUAAGGUGUCAUCCCAGUCGGUGCUGAUGGAUGUAGGCUGGAGAGUUUCAGAUGGAGUCAUUCAGUGCAAGUUCUCCAGAUCCAUAUACACCCAACAGGACCCGGUGCGCUUCAGUUUGAACAACAGCUACUACCUCUUCAUAGCACACGGCAGUGCAGAAUAUGGUAUGAUCCACAGACACACGCGGCAGCCGCUGAUAUCGUCCCAUCAUCAGGUCAUUACCGGCCCUCCUGAGAUACUGACAGGCUCUCGUUCUCCUCUCCUCAUGAAAUAUCAUGGAGCUUUAAUGCUGAUUGCCUGGAUGCUAGCAGGAAGCACUGGGACAUUAAUGGCGGGUUAUUUCAAACCUGACUGGCCUGAACAAACACUGUUUGGGCAGAAAAUAUGGUUUCAGGUCCACAGAACGUUGAUGUUUCUUACAGUUUUGCUCACAUCUGUGGGUUUCAUUGUGCCCUUUAUCUACAGAGGAAAAUGGAGCACAAGAGCGGGUGCUCAUCCAUUCCUGGGAUGCACUGUUAUGAUCCUGGCUUUCUGUCAGCCUUUAAUGGCUGCAUUCAGACCAGCUCCAGACUCCUCAAGGAGGUGGAUAUUCAACUGGCUGCACUGGGGUGUUGGAAAUGCAGCUGAAAUUAUUGCUGUGACUUCCAUAUUCUUGGGAAUAAAGCAACAGUCUCUUUUACUGCCAUAUCCGUGGACCACAGGGAUUCUCUCUGCUUUUGUGGUUUGGACAAUUGUGUUAAAGCUGGUGUUGCAACUUCAUAAGCAUGGUGUUAUUAGAAAAGCAGGGAGUGGAGAUGAAGAUAGACUUCCAGUUCUCUCUGAUAAUGCAAAAAAUGUAAACUGGGAUACUAUGUUUAGAUUGUCUGUUCUUGCUGUUUUUGUGCUUGGAAACUCAGCAUUCUGUAUCUCACUGCUCGCCGCCAUCAGGAACAUAUAGCCAAGGAAUGAAUCAUAUGGCAGCUUUUCUGGACAUAAAUUGGGACGAGAGCUUAGAUUUAUUCAUACAGAGAUACAGUUAAAUAUUAAUAUCUUUUCAUUUUAUUGAAUUUUAAGGUUUGAACAAUAAAUUUUUUGCAUUGAAAACAUCCUGCAAGGAAGAAACGUUUCUAUUAAGAUGCAAGAUGCAAACUCACAUCUAUUUUAAAUGAUUACUUUCACACAAGAAUAAAUGUUCACAAUAUAUGUAGGCAAUCAAAACAUAAAAUAUUUAAAAGACUCACGAUGUAAUAAUGGUACAGAAGACAGCUACUUGUAAAACCUCUGGAAGCUACAUUCAUAAUAUACUCUGUUACACACUCAAAGCAAUGGCUUUCUCUGGUCUUAAAGGGUUAGUUCACCCAAAAAUGACAUUUACCUCAUCAUUUAUUCUCCCUCGUGUGGUUUCAAACCGUUAUGAGUUUCUUUCUUCUGUUAAACAUGAAAGAAGAUAUUUUGAUGAAUGCUGGUUGCUGGCACCUAUCAACUUCCAUGGUAGGAAAAACAAUUACUAUGGAAGCCAAUGGGUGCCAGCCACCAACAUGUUUUAAAAUAUCUUAUUUCGUCAACAGAAGAAAGAAAGUCAAAUAGGUUUUGAACAAGUGAAGUGUGGGUAAAUGAUGUCAGAAUAAUAUACAGUUGAAGUCAGAAUUAUUAGCCCCCUUGAAUUAUUCGCUCCUGUUUAUUUUUUUCCCCAAAUUCUGUUUAACGGAGAGCAGAUUUUUUUCAACACAUAUCUAAAUAUAAUAGUUUUAAUAACUCAUUUCUAAUAACUGAUUUAUUUUAUCUUUGUCAUGGUGACAGUAACUAAUAUUUUACUGGAUAUUUUUCAAGACACUUCUAUACAGCUUAAAAAGAAAAAUUUAAAGGCUUAACUAGGCAGGUUAGGGUAAUUAGGCAAGUUAUUGUGUAACGAUGAUUUGCUCUGUAGACUAUCAAAAAAUAUAUAUAUAUAUGUAUUGCUUAAAGGGGCUAAUAAUAUUGACCUUAAAAUGUUUUUAAAAAAAUUAAAAACUGCUUUUAUUCUAGCCAAAAUAAAACAAAUAACACUUUUUCCAGAAGAAAAAAAUAUUAUCAGACGUACUGUGAAAAUUGUACUUGCUCUGUUAAACAUCAUUUGGGAAAUAUUUAAAACAAACAAAAAAAAAUGCAAAGGGUGGCUAAUAAUUCUGACUUCAGCUGUAUAUAUAUUUUUGGGUGAAAUAUCCCUUUGAAUUGCACUUUUGAUCAGGUUAAAACAAAUUUAAAUGUCAUUUUUAAAGUGACAAAAUAUCUUUUAAACAAGGAACUGAUUUGUUAAUCUAAAACUCAAAAUAUUUUUGUUAAUGGUGUAUGUAAUGUAAAAUUCAAAUAAUAAAUACAUUUCUCAGUGUU